AUGACAUAUUCUCAAAAUGAAAUUUUGUGCACUGCUACUAAAAAGAGAGGAUCAGUGUUGUAUUCUACUGAUCAGAAUUUUAAGCUAUCUUUGGAUAUUGUUCGCUCUAAAUUGAUUCCACUUGAUCAAUCAUCGAUUGAUGCAAUCCUUACAUACGACAAUUCUCAACAACCUACUAUCGUUCUUCCUGACGGUCGAACAUUUUUCUGGUACCUCGCUAUAGGAAGUAUGAAUAAUCCGAUCUCAUUGUAUCUUCGAAAUCUCACUCCAAUUCUCUCUUAUCCGGCAAGGUGUCUUAAUCAUCGUGUUGUUUUUCGAGGGCCUGGUGGCAUGGCUGAUUUAGAACCGUGUCAUGAAGCAGAAUUUGAUGGAGUUGUCCAUUUGCUUUCGGAAGAACAAAUGGAUCGUUUGGAUAAGAUGGAAAUGAGCUAUCAACGAAUCAUAGUUCCGAUUAUCGACUAUCAAAAUCAAACUCAUGCUGUCUAUGCAUAUCAAAUGACAUUAACCAACGUGCCAGAUAAUUUGCCAAGUGAACGUUAUCUCGAUAUUAUUGUGAAAGGAUGUGAACAUUAUGGUGUUCGCUCAGAAUAUAUCAAUCGGCUACGACAGGAGCAACCAGUAGUUCCUCGAAAAGAACCUCACAUGUAUCAAUCUAUUACGGAUGUACCAUCUGAUGUAUUUUAUACACUUGAUGAACUUGCAAAACAUAACGGAGCUGAUCCUAAAUAUCCAUUGAGGAUUUGUAUUAAUGGUAAAAUUCUAGAACAUAUUGGACUACCACCUAGUGAUGAUCCUGAUUAUGAAACACAAAAACGUUUCCACGCCAUUAUCCAGUCACGAUUUGUGGGACGUGAAGCUGAUUUUGAAAUAGCCAAAGGCUUAUAUGAACCUUUGCACAAGUUACCAUUAAGUGAAGAAGAUUUAUCCGAUGAACAUCGAGCAAUGCUUGAAGAUAAUUGUUUAUCAAUGUUGUCUCGAAGUGGUCAAAGCAAUAUCUACUGGAAACCCGUUGGACGAUUGCAUCGAUCGAACAACAAUACAAACUCGUCCUCGUAG